UUUGAUCGUCACUUCACCCUCCUAACAGCAAUUUUAUCGUCCGGAUCUUUUUCAUUGCUUUUGUUAAACAAACUAUCAGACAAACUGAUCAUAAAUAACACAUACUUUUCCACUCUAAUCCCAAUAAACCUAACUCCAACUCCCUCCCACAAACUCCAUUUUCACUCCCACUUAUAUCAACACACUGUAAGGAAAGAAGAAAUCAAUGGCGACUAAACACGAGGACUUACCAGUACCCAUUUUCACUUCUCUUGAACCCGUUUACGGAACCGGCUCCCAGCUAGAAGAAUCGGAACUUCGAUUAACCCACUUGAAGUCAAAGUUCAUUGAGUUCUUCACCCACCCUCCCGAUAUCUACGCCCGAUCUCCAGGGAGGGUGAAUUUGAUAGGGGAGCACAUAGACUAUGAAGGAUAUUCAGUGUUGCCAAUGGCUAUCAGGCAAGAUACCAUCAUAGCAAUACGGAAAAACGACACCAAGAUGCUUAAGAUUGCAAAUGUGAAUAGUGAGAAGUACUCUUUGUGUACUUACCCUGCUGAUCCUGAACAGGAAAUUGAUUUAAAGAAUCAUAGAUGGGGUCACUACUUCAUUUGUGGGUACAAAGGUCUCUAUGAGUAUGCCAAAUCUAAGGGAAUAGAUGUCGGUGAACCAAUCGGACUUGAUGUUGUUGUUGAUGGCAUAAUUCCAACUGGAUCUGGACUAUCCAGCUCUACUGCAUUUGUUUGCUCUUCGACAAUUGCUAUAAUGGCCACAUUGGAUAUGACCUUUCCUAAGAAAGAACUUGCUCAAGUUACAUGUGAAUGCGAAAGACACAUUGGCACCCAAUCUGGUGGAAUGGAUCAGGCAAUCUCGGUUAUGGCUCAAUCUGGGUUUGCAGCUCUCAUUGAUUUCAAUCCUAUUCGUGCAACUGAAGUGCAACUCCCUGCUGGUGGGACUUUUGUUAUAGCUCAUUCAUUGGCUGAAUCUCAGAAAGCCGUUACUGCUGCAACAAAUUACAAUAACAGGGUUGUUGAAUGCCGUUUAGCUUCUAUUUUGCUAGGUAUAAAACUUGGAAUGAAACCUCAGGAGGCUGUAGCUGGAGUCAAGACACUUUCAGAUGUUGAAGAAUUGUGUGUAUCUUUCGCGGGUACUCGUGGGUCUUCUGAUACUGUCCUUGCUGUCAAGGAAUUUUUGAAUGAGGAACCAUAUUGUGCUGAAGAUAUUGAGAAAAUAACUGAAGAAAAACUGAAAGUGGUCUUUGCGAAUUCCCCUUCUUCCUUGGAUGUGCUGAGAGCUGCAAAACAUUUUAAGUUGCACCAGAGAGCUGCCCAUGUCUACUCUGAAGCCAAGCGUGUACACGCUUUCAAAGAUACUGUAUCAUCAGAAUUGAGUGAAGAAAAGAUGCUGAAGAAGCUUGGUGACCUUAUGAACGAUAGCCACUAUAGCUGCAGUGUAUUAUAUGAAUGCAGCUGUCCGGAGUUAGAAGAGCUUGUGAAGAUAUGUCGUGAUAAUGGUGCUUUUGGAGCAAGGCUUACAGGAGCUGGAUGGGGUGGUUGUGCUGUUGCCUUGGUGAAGGAAAGCAUCGUUCCUCAAUUUAUCCUUAAUCUUAAGGAGCAAUUUUAUCGAUCAAGAAUUGACAGGGGGGUUAUCAGUAAGAAUGAUCUUGGUCUCUACAUUUUUGCAUCCAAACCAUCAAGUGGUGCUGCCAUUAUCAAAUUUUAACUGCUGCCUACUAGAUGAGCUGCUUUAUGUAUAGUAAAAAGGGUUGGUUUUUACUUGCAAAGGAUUAUUAUUUGUAUGUCGAGUCUCUCCAAGAAUAAAGAUGGUUGUGUUUGAACUGCUUAUAAAGGUUUGAAAGAUUUUGUUCUUCAUCAACUGUUAAUUAAAGUUGCUGCAAUGAAA